UUGUUUUCUUUCCCACAUCCUAGUUACUGUUUUCAUCAACAUUAGUAUCCGUGGACACAAGUCCAAAAUUGAUGUCGUUGAUAUUUUUAAAUGAUCAUUUAGGAGGGAGCUCAAACACACAUGUCUGAGCUCUAUCUAAGCACACAACGACUUGUUGCAGUGCAUGCAAUUGGAAGUGUGUCAAACGGCAAAGAUGGAACAAGAGCGGACUAACCAUUUGGGCACAGCUCCAGUAAUUCCACCCGGAUCAAUAAUUAUUGCAGACUGGCAUAGGUGCCCCGAUAGUAAAGAAUAUUUCAGCAGACUAUUUCAAAAGAAAAGGCGCAAAAUGUUUGGUCUUCUUGAAGCCCCUGCGAUGCCUCCGCAAACGCACGUCGACAUCGUCCGCUACAAAAUAUUUCUAGCAGGGAAAAGCGGCGUUGGAAAGACUGCUCUAGCUGCCCGUCUAGGCGGAUCAGACAUUCCCAGUAGGCCUAUGCAUUAUGAAACUACAGGUAUUGAGACAACAGCAGUGUUCUGGCCAGUGAAACUGAAGGAGAAUGGCCAAGUAAUAUUCUUCAAGUUCCUCUUUUGGGAUUGUGGGGAGAAUUCACUUCGCAGAUUUGACCACUUGUUACCGUCAUGUAAGGAGCAAGCAGAUGCAAUGUUGUUUUUAUUCUCAUUUACCGACCAUGCCUCCUUUGAAGAUUUAUCAAAUCAGAUAUCCAGAGUGUCAGACCCUUCUGAUAAAAUUGUUAAAUUGGUCGUGGGCACUAAAUUUGACCUGUUCAUGCACACUGACGUGACAGAGAGGGAGAUAGCCCGCUUCCAGGAGACAUGGGGCUUGCCCGUCUUCCGUAUCGGGGGAGACGUUAAUGGGGGCUUGGGUGAGGUCGCCCCACUCCUCAACGCUCUGGCUGAACAUCUCUGGCACCAGGACUGUGUUGCUGCAAGCUGCCUUCCUCUGUCCUCUCAGGUCUGAGUUGGGGAACAAAGGCAUGAAGUACAAGAGUCCAGACACUCGUGUAUCCACUGCAUGCACCUUAUGGACAGCAGAAAGCUGUUUUAAUGACUCCUGAUUGAUUGUGUCUCUUGUAUUUAUUAGAACGACUUAUGUCAGUCAGACAGGUGAUGUAAUUUAAAUGUAAUAGCCUCAUUUGUUUACUGAAAUUAUUAAAAACACGGUGUGCUUUCUCAUA